CGUGCGCGACCUCCAGCCGGAAGGUUUGGUCAUGCGCGCGGACGAACCGCAGCUGACGCGAGCAAAGAGUUGCGAGGACAGGGAGAGAGGAGAGGGAAACGGAAUUAAAAUCAACAGGAGACUUUUUCAAAGACGACAGCAAACAUGUCUGGAGACGAGAUGAUCUUUGACCCCACCAUGUCCCGGAAGAAGAAGAAGAAGAAGAAGCCCUUCAUGCUGGAGGAGGAGGGGGGGGAGGGUCUGAGCGAGGACGGACCUCCUCCGGAGGCCAAGGAGGCGGAGCCUGAGGUGGGGGAGGAGCGCGAGCCGGACCUGGAGGAGGAGGAGGGCCGGCGGAAAGAGCCGUCGGAUGACUUGGACGACCUGAACUUCUUCAAUCAGAAGAAGAAGAAGAAGAAGCCCAAGAAGGUGUUUGAGAACGACCUGGAGGAGGGGCUAAAGGAGCUGAAGAUCGAGGGCGAGACCCCAGAGGUGCAGGACGACGAUGACUUCGGCAUCACACUCCCGGCCAAAAAGAAAAAGUCCAAGAAAGUGGAGUUCCUGGAGGAAGGAGAUGAUCAGGAGAAGGACGAAGCCCCAGAGGACGAGGAUGGGAAGAACAGUGACGGGAUCACCUUCAGCUCUCAGACCGGCCCGGCCUGGGCGGGGACCGAGAGGGACUACACCUACGACGAGCUGCUGAACCGCGUCUUCAACAUCAUGAGGGAGAAGAACCCCGACAUGGUCGCCGGAGAGAAGAGGAAGUUUGUGAUGAAGCCUCCGCAGGUGGUGCGCGUCGGAACCAAGAAGACCUCCUUCGUCAACUUCACAGACAUCUGCAAACUGCUGCAUCGACAACCAAAGCAUCUUCUGGCCUUCUUAUUGGCUGAGCUUGGGACAAGUGGCUCCAUAGACGGAAAUAACCAGCUGGUGAUCAAGGGGCGCUUCCAGCAGAAGCAGAUUGAGAACGUCCUGAGGAGAUACAUCAAGGAGUACGUGACGUGUCACACGUGCCGGUCCCCGGAGACGAUCCUGCAGAAGGACACGCGGCUCUACUUCCUGCAGUGUGAGACCUGUCACUCCCGCUGCUCUGUGGCCAGCAUCAAGAUCGGCUUCCAGGCCGUCACGGGCAAGAGGGCGCAGCUCCGCGCCAAGGCCAACUGAGCUCCGCGCCGAGGCCCGCUGAGCUCCGCGCCGAGGCCCGCUGAGCUCCGCGCUGAGGCCCACUGAGCUCCGCGCUGAGGCCCACUCCAGACAGACUCUUUUUGGAACUGUACACUCUGGUUGGGUGUUGCUGCAUUUCUUUUUGUCAAAAAAAAAACAGCAUAAACCCACCCGGAAAUUGCGCACAGGCUGGGUGGUAUUGUCAUCUGCAGUAGCUGUGCUGUGAUUCGUCAGUUACCCAAACCCCGCCCCCUCCCAGCCUCUUGGCGCCCUGCUCUUUUUUCCUAUUGGCUGUUCCUGCCGCACCCCCUGCCCUUAGUGUAUUGAUUGGAUGCCGUUUCGUUUCAGAUUUUUUUCUUCUUCUUUAUUUCCUCUGCACCUGAGAAGUGUAUUGCCUUUCUUGUCGAAGUGCAUUGAGUUUCCCCCCCGAGUGGGGGGUGGGGGGUGGGGGGGCCGCGCUACACAAGAUGCCUGACAAAGUAUAAACUUGUGUUCAACGCUACAUCCAGAAGACAGUAACUUUAUUUGCAAGUAGAGCGUUGUGUGUGUGUGUGUGUGUGUGUGUGUGUGUGUGUGUGUGAGAGAGAGAGAGAGAGAGAGAGAGAGAGGUUCAUGAAUUUUGUGUGUGUGUGUGUGUGUGUGUGUUUGUGUGUGUGUGAGCGAGCGUGGAUAAUGAUUUGGGAGUGUGUGUGUGUGAUCUGCGAGAAGGUAGGGACAUUGCUCACCACCGUUUGCUGCUGAGGCAGACGAGGGUUCACUAUUUUAAUGUUUGAAAAUCUGAAUUUUAAAUAAAGAUGGCUGUAUGAAAUUGC